UUUAUUAUUUUUCUCUCUCUGCUAGAUUAUGUAUUGCAUUGAACUGCUGCUGCUAAGUUAACAAAUUUCACGUCACAUGCCGGUGAUAAUAAACCUGAUUUUGAUUCUGAGGGGUAAUAACUGUUCCUGAACCAGGUGGUGUGGGACUUUAGGUUCCUGUACCUUCCUCCCGAUGGCAGCAGCGAGAAGAGAGCUUGUCCUGGGUGGUGGGUGCUGCUUUCCUGCGGCGGGCUCCGUGUAGUUUGCGCUCAAUCCGAGCUAUUCUGGGGGAAAAUUAAAAUCACGGCAUAUCCUUAUUACAGCCACAUAUUUGUUCUCAAACCCGUGUCAUAUUCCCACUUCACCAGCCGUACCACGUGAUGCCGGGGCGGCCCCGGUGCUGUAGUACCACGGGAUACCCGAGGCGGCGCUGGCGCUGUAGUACAGGAGAUGUCAGGGGUCUUUGAUGCUGCAGUACCGCGGGCUACCGAGGGGUGACGCUGCUGCUGCAGACUCGCGGAUUCCCGAGGGCGAUGGCGCUCCAGUACCGCGGAAUGCCGGGGGGCGGCGCUGCUGCAGUACCACGUGAUACAGCGGGGGAACCGGAAGUGGUGCCAGGCGCUGCCGAGAGGCUCUGGAGCCGCUCCCAUGGCGACCCGUGCGCUACAGGAAUGGGCCCGGCGACAGGUCGACGGCUACCCCGGCGUGGAAGUGAAGAACAUGACCUCGAGCUUCAGGGACGGCCUCGCCUUCUGUGCCAUCAUCCACCGGCACCGGCCGGACCUCAUAGACUUUGAUUCGCUUUCUAAAGAAAAUGUCUACGAAAACAAUCGCCUGGCAUUUGAAGUGGCGGAGCAGGAGCUGGGAAUUCCUGCGCUUUUGGACGCGGAAGACAUGGUGGCGAUGCGUGUUCCAGAUCGGCUCAGCAUUCUUACCUACGUGUCGCAACUGUACAAUUACUUCACCAACCAGACCCACGCUGGUGUUCCCCCGACCAUGAAGAGACCAGCUGCAACAUCACCAUCAGAACCAUCCGUUAAGAAAGUGGUCACGGUGAACAAGCAAGUGCUCUCACCACAUAGUGACCCCCCAGUGGCAGCUGACGAGAGGCCCCAGCGGAACACCCUGAGCAGCACAUGUGCAAUUUGCAGCAAGCACGUUCACUUGGUGCAACGAUACUUGGUGGAUGGAAAACUUUACCAUCGCAACUGCUUUAGGUGUAAAGAAUGUUCUAGCACUUUGCUCCCUGGAGCCUACAAACCAGGUGCACAUUCAGGAACUUUCGUAUGCACACACCAUCGAGGACGGGUCACUGGGCAGCCGCAGCGACCCGCGUCCGGUCCGAGCCUGCCGUCGUACCAUGGAUCUCUGCCAACUACAGUUUCACCAGCUAGCCCACGGACACCGCAUCAUUCUCAGGUGCCGACAGAAGCAUCCGAAGGCUAUGGUCCCAGCCAGAUGAAAAGAGCGGAGCUAAAUGCGGAGGAAAGUGGUGAGAAAUCAUGCAGUCCAGGGAGUGGCCUUUCACCCUCAGUGCCUUCUGAGCACUAUCAUCCCACUGCUGACAAAAUCCCAAAACUUUCCAGCAGCACAGACUUAAAGGAAACAUCAAAGCCUGGUGUGGAGUCUCAAACGCCAGAGGCAACACAGAGGUCAGCGGACCAUUCUGUUUGUAAAGAUCAAACUGAGAAUGGUAUCAGUAAGCAGCCUGACCUGCUUGUUUCCCCGAAUGAGCAGCGACUGGCAGUAGUGAUGGAGACGGAUGUCGCUGCCGAGAGCACCAACAGUUCAGAGCCUCCCGCCGGAUGCAACGACGGAACCCCAGAUUCAAGCCACACAGAAGCGAGCAAAGAGACUGCUGAAAAGCAGCUGAAAACUCUUCCUGUCCCCAUUCCAAGGAAAACCGUUGACUCUGCAACGUCGCCCGUGGCAACACCACGCCCCGUACCUCGGCCGCGGGUCAGCUUUGGCGGUGGAACGAGUGAAACCUCAGUCCAGAGAUCGGAGACGGGUGAACUUGCAAAUGGAGGCGUGACCGAGCAAACUACUCCAGUGCCGAAGCCCCGGGAUCGGCCCCGGUCCCUGACAGAACGGUGCACUCCGGAGGCCAGAAAAGGAGACACCAAGCCUAAGGACCCUCCUUGGCUCUCAUUGGUAAACUCUGAGCCAAAACGGAGGCCUGCUCCACCCCGGCCUGGAACGCGGCCCCAGCCCAGUAACACUCAGCAGGAGGCAGUCGAGACUCGCUCCUUAAACCCAUUCGAGGGGGACGACGAGGAGACAAACGACACAUCUGAGAAAGUGCCCAGUGCAGCGUCGACUGAAACUGUUACCAAACCAAGCCACCCGUGGUACAGUAUUCAGGUAGCUAACAGCCCACGGAGCAAAAAGCGGCCAGCACCUCCAGCACCGAACGCAUCGCCGUCAGCUCUUCGCUCGGCCCAGUCUCCAGCCCCCAAAACAAGCCCUUCCCCAUCCCUUAGUAUGGAAAGUAUUACAGGGGACUCUGCAAAGUCUACUCCGGAACUACACAGAAAAUUUGAAGAUGGUCCUGCUCUGGCUGCCAAGAGCCCAGAGGCAGCCUGCAAGACUCCAGUAGGAGUCAGUGGGGCUCCAGAGGUGGUCAUUGAGACUGGUGGGAGCCCGGAAUCGGCUAGCAGAAGCCCAUCUGACACCAGCAGGAUUCCAGAGAUGGCCAGCGAGAACCCAGUGAUGGCCAGUGAGAGUCCAGAGUCAACUGGCGAGAGCGCGGAGGUGGCCGGUGGGAGCCCAGCGACCAAGGAGGCUACCACAGCAUCCAGUGAAAGUCCAGCACCAUUCAGCUACCACCGACCUCCACCUAAGCCACCAUCAGCCCCUAGUCCUGUGCCGUCACUUUACCCAUCCUUUGAAUCAAGCAGAGUAAAUGCUGCCAGCACAGAUCCUCAGUCAAAGUCAUCUUGCAAAGAAAAUCCAUUCAAUAGAAAAUCUUCCCCCGCCGGAGGAGCUGUCCCACACAGGCCACGGAAAGGGCCAAAGCCAGCUCGUCCACCAGCACCCGGCCAUGGAUUUCCACUGAUUAAACGCAAGGUACAUGCUAAUCAGUACAUUCCAGAGGAGAGUAUCCAAGGAGAGUUGGAACAACUGGAGCUGCAGCUUGACGAACUGGAACUCCGCGGAGUUGCUCUGGAGGAAAAACUGCGCAACUGUGAAAACGAUGAUGAUGAAGAUGAUCUUCUGGUCGACUGGUUCAAAUUGAUCCACGAGAAGCAUUUGUUGGUUCGCCAUGAAUCAGAGCUUGUCUACACCUUUAAACAGCAAAAUCUGGAAGAGCGGCAGGCAGACGUGGAGUACGAGUUGCGCUGUCUUCUUAAUAAACCAGAGAAAGACUGGACAGAUGAAGAUCGAGCCCGGGAGGCAGAAUUGAUGCAGGAGCUGAUUACAGUCAUUGAACAAAGGAAUGCCAUCAUCAACAGCUUGGAUGAAGACCGACAGCGAGAGGAAGAAGAGGACAAAUUGUUGGAAACAAUGAUUAAAAACAAAGAUUUCCACAAAGAUCCGAACAGCGAAAUGAAAAAGAAGGCAAAAUUCAAACCAAGCAAGAUGCUGAAGUUUCUUAGCAACAAACCAGAGGGAAAGUCUAAGAAUGCCAAAGAGAAGAACUUAUGAUGGGGAAGGAAGUGCUGCAGGUGUGGCUGGCACAGCUGAUCGUGCUGGGAGCAGUUCUAUUCCAGUGUCUGGUGACUGGCUCAUAGGAGUCUCGUACUUGAUAUUAGGCAGCUCCUUCAUGUGCUGACUGAGGUUGCUUAUUAUAUAUAUAUGUGCAAUAGAAACCACUACAGUACUCCCUUUAUUUUUGCAUGGUGCGGUGUUAUCUUACUGGUUAGAUGUUCUGCUCCUUUUGCUAAAGUUGACUCAUUUCCACCAUGUGGUUUUCUGCAAAGUUUCACAGCUGCAGAGUUGAAUGCUCGCUUUUGACUUUCUUGGUGCUCAUUCACCGAGGGCUUGCUUUAAGGUCAAGCCUGGUCGUCACCCAGAGCCGUGGACCAGAAAUGUUCCUUUCCUGUGUGAAGAUCGGCCUGCUUCCUGCUACGUUCUGCUGCUGUUCAGCGUGGUGCGUGUACACUCGGCGACCCACUGGUGAUUCAGAAUUCUGCGCACUGUGGAGGGUUAUUUUGUGCCAUUUAUCUAUCAUCAACUUAAACUGAAAUCUUUGCAAAAAUAUGAACGGUAUUGCAAGAUGCCGUAUAUAAUUCAAAAGAUAGGUUACAAUAGUUCUUCUGAACCAUUGGGAACAAGACCUGCUAGCACUUAAUAGCAUGGUGUGACGGUGCGGUGUGUGGAGUCCGACAUGCAGACAUGGUGUGAUCUAUUACACCACCAUUUGCUUCCUACAAAUCCUCUGGAGGCUUUGCUUCGGGUGGAAAUAUGUCCAGGGCACUUCUGAAUAGCUUAAGACUGGCUCCCCAAUCCCACUCUUCGUCUCUCAGUAGAUCUCUAUGCAACAAGAAGUUUCAGUCUGUGAAAUUCUUCCAGACAGAACUCACCAGAUCAGUUUGAUUUACGUCAUCAUCUCAGUUCUCUCACUCCUGUGCCACAAGAUAAGCAUUCAGCUCUGCCCUGAAGGAUGUUGAACAUAGUGAUGUAAAGUGUAUGCCUUCCUGUGCCACUGUGAAACAUUGCAGCACUUCUUUAAAAACUGGUAGAAAAUGUCCUUGUGACUAAGUGUAUGCAUAAAUAAUGCUCUCAUGUUUAUUUCUUGAGUGUGUGCACACCACAUAGAUCCAGUUACUGAGACCAGCUAAUACAAAUGUGCUUCCAAACCUAGUUAAUUCAUAAUGAAGUAUGCUUUCAAACAUAGUUGUAUCAUUUAAGAUAGUGGCAAAUAUUGGCAACUUAGGUCAAGGCGUUUGAUCUUGUGGUGUUCGCCGAGCUUGGCAAUCAACUUGUAGACGUUUCAUCACCAGCUGAGGUGACGUCCUCAGGUCACAGUUGUUGGCGUUUCUCUCUGGGAGUGCUCACGUUUAUUUAGGACCCCCCCCCCCCCCCCAAUUCAUUUGUUUGCCUCAGUCCUGUUUAGCUACCUCUUCCGUUGACCUCUGAAUUUUAUUGGCUCGCAUUUCUUUGGCUGUUAGGGGUCCAUUGACAAUGAUCCAUUGUCACAGUACAAGAAGGAUACCAGUUCAACUGAGACACUGUGGAGGCCUACUGCAUGGGCAGACACGAAGUAGGCACAAGAAUUCUUAGGAGUGCUGUUCUCUUUUGAUAACUCCAAAAACAAACAUAUCAAAAUAGAUCCCAUCUAUGAACCCGCUAAGAGCCAUAGAAACACCAGCCAAUAGAAAUCAAAGGUCAACUGAAGGGGUAGCCAAUCAGGUCUGAGGCAAGUGAACGGGGGCCGAUAUAAACGCAAGCACACCCAGAGAGAAACACCAACAACUACGCACUGAGGACAUCACCUCGACUGGCGAUGAAGCAUCGCCAAGCUUGACGAAUAUUGCAACAUCAAGAGUGAAGUCAUAAUGAAGUACACUUUCAAACACAGUUUAAAAAAUCAUAGUGAAGUGUUGCUAUUAAUAUUGCACUUUAAUUGACCAGUGAGGUGUUGUGCUGUUGAUAUUUUUCAACAGGUACUUUACACAAGCUUCAAACUAAAAUUUAGUCAUCUCCAUUUGAGUCAGUCUCCAGACAGUCUUGAGUGCACUUUGGCCAUGCUCAGCCUACAUUGCAAUAGGCUGCAUUGCCGGCCAGUGAGCUCCCUGCUAGGUGCUGUUCCUAGGGGAAGUUCGGAAAACCAAGGGGAGUUACCAGUCUGAUCCAUGUACUUGCAGUACCAGCUUAUCAAGGGCGACUUGCAGACAAAUGUGUUCCAGCAAGAAACAACUUCAGUUUGGAAUUCAUGUAUGAUCCAGACUUUCAGGGACUCUUCAAUUUGUUUUUGAAACUUAACCCUUCAGUAGAUUGGAUAAGGACAACAUAUUCUAUUAGCCUAAAUGCUGGACAGACGCUUGGCAUUACCCUGAUUAAUAUAGUAUGUUGAAGUUUUGUCAACUCUUAGCAAUAAUUGUAUCCCUACUUAACUUACAGGAACAACUGCAAAAAAGCCUUAAUCCAAUUCAUUGUCAAAUCUUCAGUUUUAGAGUCUUUUUAAUACUUAUUGUAACUGCAUUAUUGGUGCCAUGUCUUUGUAUUAGUCAUUCAAUUAUGGUAUUACUUUCAUAAGUUCAUUCAGAUCAUCUUGCUGAUCCAAAUCUUUGACUUUUACUGUAUCUUACCUAUUUGUAAAUAAUAUUUAUUGAAACACAAAAGAACUGUUCUAAAGCUAUAUUAUUCUGCUAACAAAAUUGAUAAAACUGGGUCUUUUAAAA